AACUUCAUUUUCUAAUUUGCUUUUCAGUUACCUUAAUUACUUCCUCCCACCUUUUUUCAUAUAUAGUCGAAUCUUCCACCGCCAUGGCAGCCACCACAGCCUGUCUCUUUCCAGCCGCGCCUUUUCUCUGUCAUCCGCCGUCGCCGGUCGGAAAACUGUACUCCAACCGAACCUCAAUUAUGACUACGCGGGUUGCGACGUCGGUGGAGCGAGUUCUGGCGACGACGGCUGAUAUGGAGCGUGCAGAUGAGAAGAAAGAGAACGACAAGGUAGGGACAAAAGGUUGGAAAGAAUAUUUGGAGCAAUCAAAGGAGUUGAUCGUACCGGACGGUGGACCGCCGCGGUGGUUUUCGCCGUUGGAGUGCGCUGGGCGUUUGGAUAAUUCUCCUCUACUGCUCUUUUUGCCGGGGAUUGAUGGCGUGGGACUUGGACUUAUUUCACAUCAUCAGAAGCUGGGGAGGAUUUUUGAUACGUGGUGCUUGCAUAUCCCUGUAGCAGACCGAACACCAUUUCCAGACCUUGUCAAAAUAGUUGAGGUAACAGUUAGGUCGGAAUAUCAACGUUCACGAAACAGGCCCAUAUAUCUUGUUGGAGAAUCUUUAGGAUCAUGCCUUGCACUGGCUGUUGCAGCACUUAAUCCUGAUAUUGAUUUUGUAUUAAUUCUGGCAAACCCAGCUACUUCGUUCAGCAGGUCAGACUUGCAACUUCUAACACCAUUAUUGGAAGCUUUGCCUGAUUCACUCUCUCCUGGUUUGCGUGACAUUCUCAGAUUGACACAAGGUGAAUCAUUGAGGAUGGCGUUGGAUAGUGUGGUCCAAGGGCUUCCCCUACAAACUACUGCUGGAGAGCUAGUGAAGGAUUUUACAACUAUCUUAUUAUCUCUCCCGAUUCUUGCCGAGAUAUUACCAAAAGAAACACUUCUCUGGAAACUAAAAAUGCUUAAGUCGGCUUCUGCUUAUGCCAAUUCACGCCUUUAUUCAAUCCAAGCUCAGACUUUGAUACUUUGCAGUGGAAACGAUCAGCUACUACCUAGUCAGCACGAAGGUGAAAGACUACUCAAGUUACUGCCUAAAUCUAAAUGCGAGCUUCGUAAAUUUGAUGGCUGUGGCCAUUUCCUAUUCUUGGAAGGAAGCAUUGACCUGGCAACUGUAAUAAAGGGAACUUCAUACUACCGCCGUGGCAAACAUCACGAUUAUUUAUCUGAUUUUAUUCUCCCAACGCCUGAUGAGGUGAGAAAAGUAAUAGAAUCAUUCAGUUUGUAUAACCUUGUGGCAACUGUGAUGCUCUCAACAUUGGAGGAUGGGACGGUUGUAAAAGGCCUUGCUGGAAUUCCUUCAGAGGGACCUGUUUUGUUCGUUGGCGACCACAUGCUGCUGGGAUCAGACGCAAUUCCCCUGUGGUGCAGACUUUUUUCUGAAAGAAAUAUCAUUGUUAGAGCGAUGGCACAUCCCUUGUUUUUUGUCAGAUCUAAGACAGGAAAAUUGCUAGACAUAUCUUAUUUUGACAAUCUCAGAAUCAUGGGUGCUGUCCCUGUAGGACCUACUAACCUCUUCAAGCUUUUCUCUUCCAAGUCUCAUGUCCUGUUAUAUCCUGGAGGAAUACGCGAGGCUCUUCAUAGGAAGGAUGAAGAGUACAAAUUGUUCUGGCCUGAACAAUCCGAGUUUGUAAGGAUGGCAGCAAGAUUUGGAGCCAAAAUUGUUCCUUUUGGUGUAGUUGGAGAAGAUGACGUUGGUCAAGUAGUUUUUGAUUAUGAUGACUUGGUGAAGAUUCCUUACUUUAGGUCUGAAAUAGAAAGCCUCACAGAAGAGGUUCCACAAUUGAGGAGUGGUUUUCGUGGUGAGGUGGGAAAUCAACAAGUGCAUUUGCCUUUGAUUUUGCCUAAAGUUCCAGGCCGAUUCUACUAUUAUUUUGGAAAACCAUUGGAAACGAAAGGAAGGGAACAAGAACUCCAAAAGAAGGAGAAUUCUCAAGAGUUUUAUUUACAAGUGAAGUCUGAGGUUGAGAGAUGCAUUGCUUACUUAAAGGAAAAAAGGGACAUGGACCCCUACAGAGGCCUAGGGCAUCGACUAUUAUACCAGGCCACUAAUGGUUUUCAAUCUGAAAUUCCAACAUUUGAAAUUUGA